AUGUUGUCUUCGAGGAUGUACGAUGUUUUUCUGAGCUUUAGAGGUGAGGACACUCGUGAUGGUUUUGUAAGUCAUCUUUACAAUGAUUUGGAUCGAAAGAAUAUCCAUACUUUUAAAGACAAUGAGAAAGUUGGAAGAGGAGAUGAGAUUUCUGGGGCACUAUUGACUGCCAUUGAAGGAGCGAGGGUUUCAGUAAUUCUUUUCUCCAAACACUAUGCUUCUUCUAGAUGGUGCUUGGACGAGCUGGUCAAGAUUAUGGACUGCAAGAAGUUGAAUGGGCACAACUUUGUUUUUCCUGUCUUUUACGAUGUAGAUCCCUCGGAUGAACGGAAACAAACAGGUAGUUUUGCAGAUGCAUUUGCAAAGCAUGAAGAAAAUUUAAAGCAUGAUAUUGAAAGGGUGAAGUCCUGGAGAAGUGCUUUGACAACUGCUGCUGCUGAUAUGAUGAAGGCAAGGACAUACGAUGUUUUCUUUAGCUUCAGAGGUGAGGAUAGUCGUGAUGGUUUCGUAAGUCAUCUGUGUGGUGGCGGUGUUGGUGGUGGGGGGUGUCGACGGUAUGGGACUGUUGUAGUGGGGUAUGGGGUUGCUUCAUGGUUGCGGCACAAGUGGGGAGGCAAGUGGGAUCUUGAGUAG